CUUUCACAAACAACCAUCGCGCACUCGCUUUGCUUUCGUGCCCGUGCUGUCUUCAACUUUGCCCAGAACCUGAGACCAUCCAUCCCAAUACUGCCGAGGAGCCUCAUGAGCCUCAUGAGCUGCAUAGCUCUCUCUUCCGUGAAGCUGGCACAGGACUGAGGUCUUCCACUCUAUCGCCAUAAUGGACACACGACCGUCCCCCACCCCCACCGGCUCACGAAGCAAAGUCACAGCAUCGUCUUCAAAUCCAGCCAACAAUCUAGCUCAGACUAGUACACCCCCUCCAUCAGCUGCUAUUGCGUCUUCGUCCAAACAACCCAGGAGACCCUCUAUAAGCUCCGAUACAGCGUUCAACAAGGCUGUCGAGAACAAGGACAAGCCCACCCGGACUGCCAGUAGUAUCAGCCUGAAAUCAAAGGGCUCGAAGAAGCUGGAUGAGUCUGCAACGCUCAGCAAAAAUGAAGAGCUAUUGAAAGGCUAUUCUGAAGAUUUUGCCAGUCUUCGAUCUAUUAUUACGUGCAAGAUAUGCGAUAAACUGUUAUACGAGCCCUAUGUGGUUGCGUGUGGGCACAUUUAUUGCUACAGUUGCCUCUCCCACUGGUUUGUUAACAACAAGAAACGCAAAACAUGUCCCGACUGCCGCACAUUGGUCACUCAGGUACCAUCACCAGCAUAUCUAAUCCGAGAAAUGACAACAAUCUUCAUCAAUCGCGCCGAAUACCUCCCAGUCGGCGAAAGUCUCGAGCAGCACAAAGCAUGGCGAGCAGAAGAGGCAGAAGCAGUACAGAAAGAUCGUGAGAAUGACGACCCAAGAUUAGGGGGGCUGUUCAAAGGCGUUUUUAGAUCCAAUUUGUCUCGCUUGGGGCCUAGGCGUGCUAUCCGAGACUUCGAAGACAAUGUCGACAGGUGCCCAUUCUGCACCUGGGAGCUUGAAGAGGGCAGUUGUCAAAGAUGCGGAUUUGAGGCGGACGACAUCGAAUUUCACCUCGACGCAAUCGAUGUCGACGAGUCGGACAUGGGUGGCUCUAGUGAAGACAUGGACAGAGAUAUUGACAUUGGUGAUGAUUACAUGGAUGAAGACGAUUUUCCUGAUGAGGACGACCUUGAAGGCACCGGGGACCUUCCGUACUCGGAAGAAGCCUACAUGGACGAAGCCGACUUGGUAGUGAGCCAAUGGCUGAACAACCACCCAGCGGCGGCACGCGCCGCCAUGCCCGCCGGACUUGCACGUAGACGACCCGCAGCACAUAGUGCUGCCGGUGGUCGCCAGCGAUACAGCGCGAGCAUUGCUUCAGCCUCAGACAUGUACGGCACCGAGGACCUUGAGAUGCUUGAAGAGGAGGAGGAGGAAGAUAUGGACGAUGAGGAUUCAUCAAUGAGCGGGUUCCUGGAUGAUCGCGCAACCGAACAGAUGUCCGAUGCCAGCGGUUCCACCAAUAGCCAAACUCCGCAACCACCAAUCUCAAGUCAAUCAAGCCAGCGCCGUAGGGCUAGGAAUCGUCGUGUUGUUGAAUCCGAAACGUCUAGCAUCGGACCAAGGUCCACGCAAGCCGAUGACGAUGACGAUGAUGAUGAAGAGGGUGGUCCAGUUCGACCUGGACGUCAACGACGACAACAACGGGUCCUCUCGCGGGCCAAUGGAGGAUCUCAUAGAGUCGCCUCGUCUAUAUCAACAGACGCUUCAGCGGACCACGAUCUUGAUGAGGAUACACAACGACUGCUUAGCCGACAUGGAUGGUCGCCCCUGCAACAUGGACCGGAAGAGGAUGUGGAGGAGGGCCAAGGAGAUGAAAGCGACGGUGGGCGCACGACAGUUGGACCAACCCUACAAGCUCGGCCCCGAUCUCGAAUUGGCCAGACACGUUUCCCAGACGGUUCCCGAGGACUACGAAGAAGAAGCUCGAUUCUGUCCGUAUCGACUAGUAAUUACGAAGACGGCGAGGCAGAUGAUGAUGACUCAGAAAUGGAUCGCGAUGGUGAUACCGUCAUGAAUGGAGGCCAGCUUCGCAAUCGCAACUCGAGAAUCCGACUUCACGGCCCCUUUCCAUCCUCGCAGCCUGGUCGCUCUACGAAUACUCUGACGUUAGGGGACGGUCUGGAUGGCGAAGACGAUGACAAUUCGGAUGACACAUCCAUCCAGUCCCCUAGACGGCGACAGCUGGGUCAAAAUAGACAGGAAUAUAAUCCACGUAUCAGCUGGAUGUUUGCCCAGCAUCAGAAUGAGAUGCAAGCCGCACUAACCCAACAAAUCAACUGGCUCGAAGAGCUCCGUUCGACGACGCCAAUAGCUCGACCACGUACCGCGAAUCGCAACCGGAAUGCCCAGUCUAUUACACCAACGCCUUUCUCGCCACUUUCUAACAACGUGAACCCCUUGACGGCACCUAGUGAUCUUUCACCUCGUACACGAAGAGCCGAUAGGCAAUCCUUUCAUAUGGCCACCAAUGCCGAAUCAACCUCGCGAUCCGAACGGACCGGUAGCGUAAGUUCCAACCUCUCCACGACAGAUGCGCACAGCUUUCACAAUGGAGUUCGCCUCGAUCGAGAGACAUCUGUAGGUUCUGUGGGUAGUGGAUCGACACUCCGAAGUACUUUUCCUUCACCUGACGAUCGGCAUCGUCCUUCCAAUACCAUGAGCAGCGUACCACCGGGUGUGACGUCUUUUCCCAUGGACCCUAUUGAACGCCCUGCAAGCCGGCUUCCAGCACGACCACCCUCGUCUUCAAGCCGACGAGGAUCCCAAAGCUUCAUGGGUACUCAUCCUGGUCUUCAAAUUGCACCUGGAUCGAGUUUGGGUGGCCCUGGGCUCAAUUUUGCGCAACGUACUUGGCAAUCUCAGACAAGAAAUCCGUAUUCGGCUUUCAUUGGCAUGCACGGCAACGCACCUCGACCCAGACAAUCUUCACAGAGGCUUCGAGAGCAAUCUUCCACAGCAACGCUCCGUCCUUCGACUUCACGUCGCGCCCUCCGCACGCAACAAUCCAGGGCUGAUGUCAGAGAUGAGGUAGCUCCAACUGGGGCGAUGAGGGCACAAAGAUCACGCAUGACACUUCGCGCUCAGCCAUCUGUGCAAAGAUUGCAUAGCCAGCCGUCGACGCGUACACUACGUCAGAAUGACGGCGUACAAUUGUCGCCAAUCAAUUCAGCUGCAACUGGUGCUGGUCCUGGAACCCGUGCAAAUCCAACCUCGACCUCUGGUCUGUCGGUAGAGGAGCGACAACGUCGUGCAAACGAACUUGUUCAAGGUCGCCUAAGAGAGCUGCGCGCUACCAACCCCUUCGCUCCAAAUAGUAGAAGGCCGAGCAUCUCGAGUAAUCCUGGAACCCCAGCGCAAGGUUCAAUCAUAUCAAAUGGAGCUAACAGGUUCUCUGCAGGGGGUGCAUACGUGUCAAUGAACACUAGUCAUCCUCCUACAUCGACGCCUGCAAGUGCUUCGUCUACAAAUCAGGGUGCCAACCCACCAUCGCCUACUAUCAACCGGCGACGCAGCACCCGUAACAUUGGCCUUCAGACUGGUGCAAACUCGUCUAUCGGAAGUAACACUUCUCUUGCAGGAGUUCGCCAGAGACUUACGCAGCCAGCAGCUCAUGAUAAUGUAGUAGCUUCGGCACCUGCGUCGCGGGUUCUAUCUGCUGCUAGUUAUGCGAGCUAACAUGGUCGAUAGGAAGGAGCUGCAAGACUACAACGCAUGGCCCGUGUGCGUUCUCUGCAGAGACGGUGUCAGGAAUUGCGCGAGAUGUACAGCUAUGACGAAAUCGAAAUGGCAUGAAUAGUUUCUUUUGUUAUAUCAGGGUUAUCGGGCAUAGCGAGUGUCGGGUGGGUUCUGGGCUUCUGUAUCUCUAAGACUGCAUUGGCAUGGGCGUUUGUCUCUUCACAUCGCAUGAUUCAA